UUUCACUUCAGUUCUUUUGCACUUUGUUGUGUUAAGCACUGCUAUGAAUUGGGGGGGGGCAGGGAGCAGGAAUAAAAACUGGGAGGGACAAGGGGCCUUGGCAAGCCUCAUGGGUCUGAGGCUGCCAUGUUGUCCACUGCCACCAUCUUGGCCACCAGCAUCACAUACCCUCCAACAUGUUGCGUCCCAAAACCGGGGCAUGCGUCUUCCUGUCUGUGCUCCCUUCGCGAGUCACGUGACCCGUGUGAGAUCGCAGGCCCCCCCCAGAGCGCUUUUUCGGUGCGAGAUCUCAACAAAAAAUCAUGCGAUAUCACGGCACCCAAAAUGGCCGCCAUGCACUUGUGGGGAGGGGGAGGGAGAAAUGGGAUGUCCCUAUUUUUCCAGGGCACUUGUGGGGUAUGGGAUCCGGGGUUCAAGUUGGUUUGGGCCUAGUGGCAGGAAUACUGCCUGCCACACAAUACCUUUGAGUCCAAGCCAAGCCCUUUCCCAACACUGUAGGAGCUAAAUGGCAGAGACGGCAGGAUGCCUCACCAUCCUGCUUAUUUGAAGUCUAUCCACAUUUCACUUGGCUUGCUCUGCCGAAGCAGCUAUGGCUUAUCACCCUUCCAAUCUGACCUGACAGCUUUGAUUUGAAAUGAGUGGGAAUAGCCUCAUAGUUUCUGAGGGGAUGAACGGCCAGCAAUGAAGCUGUCAUACAAUGUGUACAGAGAAUGCUUUGCAAACGGGAGCUGGGCAAUCCGUGUGAAUUACUCCCAGUGUCAGGAGAUCCUCACCGAGGAGAAGAGAAGCAAGUUGCACUACCAUGUUGCUGUCAUCAUCAACUACCUUGGGCACUGCAUUUCCCUGGCAGCACUGAUAGCUGCUUUCGUCCUCUUCAUGCGCCUGAGGAGCAUCCGGUGCCUACGAAACAUUAUCCACUGGAACUUGAUCACUGCCUUCAUUUUGCGGAACGCCACGUGGUUUGUGGUCCAGCUCACCAUGAAUCCAGAAGUCCAUGAAAGCAAUGUGCCCUGGUGCCGCCUCGUCACAGCUGCCUACAACUACUUCCACGUCACCAAUUUCUUCUGGAUGUUUGGCGAGGGCUGCUACCUUCACACGGCCAUCGUCCUCACCUAUUCAACAGACAAGCUGAGGAAAUGGAUGUUCAUCUGCAUCGGCUGGUGCAUCCCUUUCCCCAUCAUCAUCGCUUGGGCCAUUGGGAAACUCUACUAUGACAACGAGAAGUGCUGGUUUGGAAAACGAGCAGGGAUUUAUACUGACUACAUCUACCAAGGUCCCAUGAUACUGGUGCUGUUGAUCAACUUCAUCUUUUUAUUCAACAUUGUCAGAAUCCUGAUGACGAAGCUUCGGGCCUCGACCACCUCAGAGACAAUACAGUACAGAAAAGCUGUGAAGGCUACCCUUGUGCUCCUUCCUUUGCUGGGCAUUACCUACAUGCUUUUCUUCGUCAACCCCGGUGAAGAUGAAAUAUCCCGGGUAGUCUUCAUCUACUUCAACUCUGUCUUGGAGUCCUUCCAGGGCUUUUUUGUCUCUGUCUUCUACUGCUUCCUGAACAGCGAGGUUCGUUCUGCAGUCCGGAAGAGAUGGCACCGGUGGCAGGACAAGCACUCCAUCCGAGCCAGAGUCGCCAGGGCCAUGUCCAUCCCCACCUCCCCAACGCGCGUCAGCUUCCAUAGCAUCAAGCAAUCGACGGCUCUCUGAGGCUGCUGCUCUGAACCGUGGGGCCAAUACCUUUUGCUGAAGUUGUGGGACAGGACAGGACAUGACUUGCCAACAGCAAAAGACAGGAUUUUUGUUGCCUCCCCCUCCGGAGUUCCGGCUCAGAAAAGUCCCCGGAGAUUGUUGCCUGCAUUCUGUUGGCUGAAGCCUCAUGUUCUAUGUGGCUAGAAUUGCAAGUCUCGGGAGGUUCUGGUGGCUCUUAAGUGACAGGAAUUCGGAGGCAACAGCCCCAACAUCCCGUUCUUCGAAGGUGUGGCUUACUUCACUUUCCCAUGCUGUCUGGAGCUCUUUGGUCAAUUCGCUAACAGAUCAGGGAAAGGGUUAUGAAAUCACACAAGUGCUGUGGAAAGAGCAGAGGGGUGGGUGGUUCACUUCCAACUAAAAAACAAACAAAACCCUCCACUGGAGUUGAUAGAUAAGCAAAACCAAAGGAAGAGGUUCUUUUUGGGAACUCCCUAGCUACAAGAUGCCGAGUUGGCCAUUGACAUAUUUUACAGGAUCUGAAUGGUUCAGGAAGGAUACAUAUGUGGCUAAUAGCCAAAAAAGAGCCAAAAGCACAGACUCUGAAUUCAGGGCUGCCGACUACCUGAUCCUGGGGAUUGAAAAGAGCAGGUGGACAUCCCCAUCACACCUGCUUGUCACCUUCCUUCGGACAUCUCUUUUAACCAUUUGUGAGAAUGCUGAGCGGGAGCCAACAUUGCCAUUCCAGUGUUCUUCCUCAUUCCAGCUGCUGCAGCAACCGCCAAAACAGGAGCUGAUGCCUUGUAAAUCCUCUGACCUCAGCAAGGCAACCAACCCAGUAUUUCCAUAGUCUGCUGAAUAGUUGUUUUGAUUUGCACCAAACUUAUGCCCAUGGGAAGCCCCCUUGAGCCCCAAAGUGGAAUGAGGGUAUUCAUGCAUUUGUUUUGAUAUCUCUGAAUAAAGACCACCACCAUCCCAGUC